CAUACUGACCCGCACGUUCCCUAAAUACCCCUCACAUGAUUCAAAAUUACACCAGCUUUAAACAGACUGCCCCAGAUUUCGACAUAGAUGGAGGGCUAUUUCAGUAAUUUGCCACUAAAAUUCCAGAGUGUUCCCGUUUCGUCACCACCAACGCCCCCGCCCUUUUCUGACAACAGUCUCCUGGCGGUACGGUCACCGCGAAGGUAGCGAUACGGUCAACGCUUGUAACUGAUGUCCAGCAUCGCGGCUGCUGACGGCGGCCAGGUGAGGCGCUGCGCGGCGGCGGCGGCGCCAUCUUCCUUAUUGCGGUGGCCGCUGUCGUCUUCAAGUUCGCGGCUCCGAAUCCGGUUUACCUCCCUAGGGUUUCGAUCCUCAAUAAGACCUAGCGGUUCGAUCGGUUCUGGUGCCAGCGAGCUAAAGGACUCUGUGUUUCCUGAUGAAGAGCUAAAGGCGCCUCCUUUAGAUUCGGAGGAGCUUAUUCUUUACCCUGAUCCAAAUGAGAUGAAUUCUACUAGUGAUGAUUUGGCUGCCCCACCUUUAGAACCGGAGGAGCUAAAAAUUUCUGCUGAAAAUUCUGAUUCCAAUGAGGUGGAAUCUAGUGGUGGUGACCUGGAAAAUAUAACUUUACAGCCGGAGGUACCUGAUUUAUCUAUUUCUAUGGUUUCUCCUAGCCAUCCUAGACCCCCUCCUUUCCCUGGCACGUUUACCAAGACUAAGGAGCCUAUCAGCUUGAGGGAAACGGACAGGCAACUUAUCUAUGCUAAGGAAGAGAUUGGUCAUGCCCCAACAAUUUCAAAUGACCCUGAUCUUUAUGCCCCACUGUUCCGAAAUGUUUCAGUUUUUAAGAGGAGCUAUGAGCUGAUGGAAAAAACACUAAAAGUUUACAUCUAUCGAUAUGGACGAAGGCCCAUUUUCCACACACCUGCGCUUAAAGGCAUUUAUGCUUCUGAAGGAUGGUUCAUGAAACUAUUGGAAGGAAACAAACAGUUCGUUGUAAAGGACCCAAACAUAGCUCAUUUAUUCUAUCUACCAUUUAGUGCACGGCAGUUAGAAGUAUAUCUCUAUAAGCCGGGCUCACAUAGUUUGAGACCUCUAGCAAUCUUCGUGAAGAACUAUGUUGACUGGAUAUCAGCAAAACAUCCUUUCUGGAAUCGGACAGGAGGAGCAGAUCACUUUCUAGUCGCUUGUCAUGAUUGGGGACCCUAUACAACAAACUUACAUACAGGACUGGGUGAGAACUCUAUCAGAGCUUUAUGCAAUGCCGAUCCCACCGUAGGAUUCAUAAGGGGGAAGGAUGUCUCUCUCCCUGAAACACUCAUCAUCAACCCAAAGAAAGCCCUCAGAGGCCUCGGAGGAAAAGCUGUCUCUAAGCGAUCAAUUCUUGCAUUUUUUGCUGGCAACAUGCACGGCCGAGUCAGACCCAUCCUUCUUAAUUAUUGGAAGGAAAAAGAUGAAGAUAUGAAAAUUUAUGGGCCCCUCCCUCCUCAGGUCUCGAAAAAAAUGUCAUAUAUUCAACACAUGAAGUCGAGCAAGUUUUGCAUUUGCCCUAUGGGGUAUGAAGUAAAUAGUCCAAGGAUUGUUGAAGCAAUUUAUUAUGAGUGUGUACCGGUGAUAAUAGCUGAUAAUUUUGUCCUCCCCUUUGAUGAAGUGUUGGACUGGAGUGUGUUUUCUGUUGUCGUAGCUGAGAAAGAUAUCCCUCAACUGAAGGAUAUACUGUUGAAAAUUACUUCAGAAAAGUAUGUUGAUAUGCAUGAGAAUGUGAAGAGGUUGCAGAGACAUUUUCUUUGGCAUCCAAGGCCGGUGAAAUAUGAUAUAUUUCAUAUGAUUUUACACUCGAUUUGGUUCAAUAGGCUGAACCGAAUGUGAGUUUGUGGAUGUUCAACUUUCACAAACUAAUCAUCUCAACUAUGCUAUUUUCGAAGAGGAUUAUGGUUUAUUGUGUGAUUACGUGGUUACUCCUGAGGUUCUAAUAUUGUGAUAUUUGACUGCUGCGGAGUCGAAUAUGCAACAAGCUAACUGGGUUGCUAGCAGAUGGAGAAGUUUAAGCAUAAAAUUGGGAAGAUUCAGAUUGAGUUUAUCAACCUAGCUUAUGAAAAUUUGAGCCAUACCACUUUUCAUUGUACAUUACAAUCAUCAGCUCAUUUCUACUGUAAAAGGUAGCACAUUCUUUUGUAAGCAUAUUCAGCAAUAAAAUAAAUCAUUCAAAAUAUAAACAAUGCCAUGAGGUUAGAUGCCAUCAGACAUUCAAAGGCAAUAAGAUUUUAUCCGGGCACAAGAUAGUAAAGCAGGGAGUCUGGAUGUAUUCGUUCCUUAGCUGUAUGAAUAAAGUAAUGUUCCUAAUCCUAUAUUCGAAGUAAAACCUGGAAUUAAUUUCAGCAUUUUUUUUAUA